CGAUCAUUCAUUCACUGGGCUUGGAAAACAGCUGUGUUUAUGUUUGGUUUGGAAAUGUAAAAAGUUAAUACAAAAAACAAAUUUUAUUUCAAAAUGGAUGACUGCUCUGAAUUUGCGUUGAAGAAGCUUUGUUGUACAUGCCUUAGUUGCGACCGCAAAUUAUCACAGUUAUGUAGACUAAAAGAUGGUAUAAAUAAUUUAUAUUUAAUAUUAUCUCAAGAUUCUGAAGCUUACAGGGAAGGUUUCUUCAAAGACACAGCCAGUUGGUAUAUCUGCUGGGAAUGCUGGGCCAUCAUGAAGAGGAUCAGCAACUUCCAGAAUCAAGCUUGUAUUGCUCAGCGACAGCUAUCUGACAUUGCCGAAGGGAGGACUGAUCUUAAGCACCUCAACACAUGUUUAUCGCAACUAAGAUACACACACAAAUCUUCAUAUGACCAAAAUAUCGUGAUACCGGACUCAAUAGCUGACAAUUUCAUUGACUGCGGACCUGAUUUUAGAAAUGAGAGUGACGAAGAUAUACCUCUGUCUCUGUUACACACCAAUGUAGCAAGUGACCGAAUACAUUCAGAUGAUGAAAUGCCACAUAGUGGGUCCAAAGACGUUAUUAACAAACCUCUUUCCAAAAAAGAAUUAAACAAAACAGCUGAUACUUUUAAGAAAAAAAAGAACACAGAACCUUUGGUGAUUGAAAAAGAUCUCAAUGGUAGUAUGUAUAACGACUGCUUUUCUAUAACAAAAAUGAAUGAUGUGGAAAUGAAUGAUAGUAGAUCAAAGAGAAAAUCUGCUGUGUCAAAUGCGUCAUUCAAAUGUGAGUCUUGUGCUGUGGUAUUUGAGAAUCAAAUUUGUUUGGAUAGACAUAUAGUAGAUUCUCAUACUGAGAAAGACAAGCAUAAACAGUGCUAUAUCUGCCUUGUCUAUGUCAAGAAGUCUACGUUGACAGCCCAUAGAGAUUCACACUAUGUUAAGUAUGAAUGCAAAUUAUGUGAAAAUGUUACAUAUACAAUAGAGGAUAUUUUUAAGCAUUUGGAAGACGUACACGCAAAGAAUAACAUCAAUGUAUCUAAGGAUGACUUGAAGAUUUCUAGAAGAACGCGUAAAGUGCUCAGACCCGGUACUAAGUCUCGCAAGAAACCACCAAUUGUGGACAAAAGGCCAACUCAAGGGUACUCAUGUAUGGAAUGCAAUAAAUAUUUCGAUAACAAGAAUCAGCGUUGGAAGCAUAUACAGAGAACACACAAGGAAGGGUACAAGUGUGCAACUUGUGGGAAGAGAUUCGCCUUCAGGAACAAUUUGAGCCGACACGAAAUGAUGCAUAAAUCGCCGCCGCCUCGUGAAGAAUGCCCCGUGUGCCACAAGAUGGUGCGUGUCGAUCUACAGAAGAUACAUUCCAAAAUACAUUCGCAAAGAGACAGGUUUAAAUGCUUGGAGUGCGACAAAUGUUUCGUGAGCCGAGCUUCCUACGAGCAUCACUUAAAGUACACUCAGGCGCACGCUGCUGUAGAUAUACUCAAAUACAAAUGCACAAUGUGCGACAAGGGCUACCGUUCGCGCGGGGAGUUGAGGGACCACGUCAACUACCAACACAUGGAGAAGACGCAACACAAGUGCCCCGUGUGUGGGAAGGCACUCGCGACCCGUCGCUGUAUAACUCGUCACGUGCGGCGAGCACACGACGGGGUCAAAGAGAACGCGCGAGACAAAAUCUGCCAGCAGUGCGGCAAAGCGUUCCGGGACAAAAAAGGACUACGCGAACACGAAUUCAUUCACACGGGAGAAAGGCCUUUAUCCUGCGAAAUUUGCGGGUGUACAUUCAGACAGAGCGCUUCUCUAUAUACACACAAAAAACGAGUGCAUAAAAUAUUCCCGAACAGAAAAAACGUCACUUUGGUGGAAGAGAAAAAGUAAGAAUAGCGCCAUCUGUUAGAGAAAACUUGAAACAAUGAUUGACUCUCUACUAAGAAAUAUAUAACCGUGAACUGUGUAAGCAUAAUGACGCUCAAAACCCUGUCUGUGUUAGCCCGCCAUUUUGUUUAUCACGGCCGGAUUUUAUUUUUAUUUUUCGGACGUUUAUCCUCUUAUUAUUCGAAUUCUACUGUACAUCCAGGCUUCAUUUAUGUCUUCAAUCAAUCCUGAAUAGUUUCUCUACAAACUUGUCUAUAUAUUAGAUGUGUAAAUUAAAAACCUUUACUAAAUAUGAUAAAAUGCAAAAUAUUAAAAAUUAAAAUAAUUUUCUCAACUCGUGGCAGAAAACUGCCAUUUACACAAACAGGGGUUAAUAGUACUUUUGACUUAGUAUACGUCCUUUGUUUAAUACUCAACAUUGUAUAAAGAUUUCACUAAAUUGUAUAAAUAAA